AUGGACACUAUUACGGAAGUUACACCGGAGCCGAAGAUCGGCACCAUGGAGUGGCUCGAUAACCACAUGAAGACUAUGGUGAUUGUGCUUUGCUCAGUGGCGCUGGCCUUCUGCGGCGCCCUCUGCGGGUACACGGUCUACAUCUUCGGAUUCGUUGAGGACAGGACGAUGUUCAACCUGGCCGUCAUGAUGGCGAUAUUCGUGUCAGCACUGACACUCAGCAACAUCGUGGGCAUCAUCGCGGUCGUGUUGGAGUCUGAAGGGUUCACCUCUAUCUUCACCUUCAACAACCUGUGCAUCGCCACCACAUCACUGGUGCUGUCGGGAGUGCACUUCGGCAAGGCCGUGUACAUCGGGAAGCAGUUCAGAGUGGAAGACAACCUGGCAAGCACGUUCUUCGUGACGGGGACCGGGUUGAUUGCCAUGGCGAUUCUGCAUGCGGCGCUCGCCUACAUGGGAUUCAGGUUCAGGCGCAUCAUCGCCCGCAAGGCCAACGUUAUCGAGUUCAAGCUCAACGACACACUCUUCACGAGCGUAAACGACCUGAACGAAACACAAGCGGCGAGCUUUGCGAAGGCGGUAAAUGCGGUUUGA